AUGCGCCUCACAUUCAUAGCCGUCGUCACCGCCCUCCGUGAGCCCUUCGACCGCGUCCUCGCCAACCUCUCCCCCGACUGCGUCGUCACCGACGUGUUCCUCUCGUGGACCGUCGACGCUGUCACCGAGCAUGGAAUUCCCAUGCUCUCCUUCCAAGGGACGAGUGCCUUCACCAAUUGCGCCUUUGACGUUCUUGGAAAGCUCAAGCCCCUCCAAACACUCCCGUCGAAGGCGGAGGACUUCGUCCUUACAGGUCUCCCUCACAAAAUCAACCUGCUCAAGUCCCAUAUCGACUCGUCAGCUGACACCGAUCCUAAAAAGGCUAGUAUGUUUGCCUCGAUUAAAGACCCCGAGCAUAAGAGUUACAGCUUAAUGCUCAACAGCUUCUAUGAGCUUGAGUCUGAGUACAUCAACCACUAUUGA